AUGAGGUGGUAUCACAAAGUUAGCUCACAUCAGCUAAACUCAUUGCCAGACACAUUACCAGUCACGCUGGAGCAAUCAGAUCUUGGGGAGGGUAACCUGGGAUCUUCCCAGCUCAGUAGCCAAGACUUUGUAGCUCUUGAGAACAUUCAAGCAGAACUAGCUAAGCUUCAGGGAGCCCCUAACGCAGCCGUGGAAGGAAACACAGGGGUGCCCAGCUCUGCUGCUGUGGUAGUGGAACCAGCACAUGGAACAAAUACACUACUCAUAAAUCCAGCAUCACUGCAAGAAGUAACUAGGACAAGUCAGGCUGCACCAGUGGUGACCAAGGUUGUUUUAACCAAAAAUCCUUCCACAAAUCAACAAGUACCUGUAACACUAUCUGGAGUUGUUCCAGCAGCUUCAACUGUCAUGACGACAAUGGCUUCUGUUGUCAGUGGAGUUCAACAAGUGCCUGGAACACCAACAAAGACCAUUACUCUUUCUCAGGGUGGUAUCAUACAAGGCUUGUCACCUGGCAAAGUUAUAAUCGCCCAAUCUGGAACCCCACCCAAGCAAACUACUACUAUACCUCUGGGAAAGAUUGCCAUAUCUCCCUCAAAGACCCCUACUAAAAUAACAAUGAUUCCUGUUUCAUUAGGCAAAUCUCCACAAAGAUUUCAACCAGGAUCUACAAUGGUUGCUUUAGUAGGAGGAAGAAAUGUUGUUACUACUGGUGUAGCUGGCCAGAGCUCUGGGACAGUGCUUACUUCUGCAACUGCUGGAGCCAAACCUGCAACAAUAACCAUGUCACCAUCCAAGGUGAUAAUUCAGAGACCAGGAGUGGUAAGGCUGCCUCUUCAACAAAUGGUCAAACCUACUUCACUUACUCAAACCAUGGCUGCUGCACCUGGUCAAGUGAAGCAAGUUACAAUACCCAUUUCAUCUGCAAACACUGGGAAUGUACAUCAAAUCCAGGUGCCAGGAAGUAAAUUCCAUUAUGUACGCCUUGUCACUGCACCUACCUCUAAUGUGAAUUCAACUCAAGCCAGCAAGGCCAGCUCAGCCCCAGUUGCUAUUCAAGCCCGACCAAUUGCUCCUGCUGCUCAACCUGCAGGUGUGCCAACCCAGCUGAAGAUUACACUCCCGGUCCAACAGGGGUCUAGUCAGAUUACAACCCAGCAGCAAAGAUUGCUUUUGCCUGCCACAACACAGCAACAAGUGACAGUGCAGGCAUCACAGCCUGUAACAUCUUUAACCCAAGGGAAGACCAGUGCACAGAGCAAUAUGUCUGGGCUGCCCCCUGGCACUACAAUCAUUUCAAGUGGAACUGGUGGACAGGGGAUGCAACAGUUUGCUUUAGUGCCAGCUCAAUAUGUAGCACAGUUUCAACAGCAGCUUUCACAACAACAACAACAGCAGCAGCAGCAGCAACAACAGCAAGCGCCACCAGUUACUACCCAGAAAGAUGCAGGUUUUGUUCCUAUACAGAGCCAAGACCCUGUGCUCAGCGCUGCUGUAGCGGCCAGGCAUGCAGUUAUCAAUGGCAGGUCAUCACCUAUUGAGCCUACAGGAGCUAGACCUAGAAAACCUUGUAAUUGUACAAAGUCACAGUGUCUCAAAUUAUAUUGUGACUGUUUUGCCAAUGGUGAAUUCUGUCACAAUUGCAACUGUACAAACUGUGCAAAUAACUUGGAGCAUGAAGAAGAAAGACAGAAAGCGAUCAAAUCUUGUUUAGAAAGAAAUCCUCUUGCAUUUCACCCCAAAAUAGGCAAAGGGGGUGAAGGUGAUAGGAGGCAUCAAAAGGGGUGCAAUUGCAAGAGAUCUGGCUGUCUAAAGAAUUACUGUGAAUGCUAUGAGGCCAAAAUUAUGUGCUCUGCUAUUUGCAAAUGUGUUGGCUGUAAGAAUUUUGAGGAGAGUCCCGAAAGAAAAACUCUUAUGCAUCUUGCUGAUGCAGCUGAAGUCCGAGUGCAGCAACAGACAGCAGCCAAAAGUAAACUGUCUUCCCAGUUUCAAGACCUACCCAGCAGACAGCAGGCUCUGACUGCAGGAGAAAAAUUACCAUACUCCUUUGUGACACAAGAGGUGGUUGAAGCAACAUGUGCUUGUUUGUUGGCCCAGGCAGAGGAGGCAGACAGGCAAAGACUGUCUGAAGCUAAACAACAGCAAUUAGUUCUGGAAGAAUUUGGCAGAUGCCUUUUGCAAAUUAUUGAUUCUUCUAAUAAAACGAAAGCACCUAGCCCAAGUCCAAGGUAGUAAGAUCAAACAACACGGAUGGUAUAUCAUCAGGCACUCCAAGAAAGAUGAAAAUGUGGAAAACUACCUACUUUUUUUCUAAGAGGAAGGGACAUUAAUGAUCUCUCUUCCAAAGCACUACAAGAAAAGUCCCUAUGUAAGCCACAUGCAGACUUGCUGUUCGUGCUUGUGGCAACCCUUACUUUUUGUGUCAGAUUGGAGGGUCCAGAUGAAAUGCAGUGUCUUCUUGAAACCAAUAUUGGUUCAAAGUAGAUGCAUUGAAAGUAUGUAGGACCUUAAGAAACAUUAGUUUCAAGAUUUCAAGUUUUUUUUUCUUCCUCAAAAAAGAUGACAUGUAACGGACUUUUUCAGCAAUCAUGUUACAACAACGAUAAAUCAUUCUGUUAUACAAACAUGUAGAAACUGAAAUGGAGAGACCUGUCCAGGUUGUUGUUUUGUAACUAAAUAACUGAUGUAAAAAUGCAGAACAACAUUGUUAUUAUUCCCUAAUAAAAUUAUGAAGGAACUUCUUAUAUGAAAGAUGGAAAAUGAAAUAACACACUUUUGUAACAUAUACAUAUAUCCCAUAUGUCUGACUAAAAUAUGUAUAUAUGCUGGGAUUUUAGCCAAAAUGCCUGUAGCAUAUAAUCUCGUUCACUUUGGUAGGAUCAUGACAAAAAAAUUAGCUCAUGGUAACUGGCAUUUAUUUUAACAAUUUUCUGAAUUUUUACCCUGUACAAAGUAUCAUGUUGUAAUCUGUAAUUGUGAGAUCUUUUUAUUGUAAAUAUAGAAAAAAUAUUUUGUUUUAAGAGCAUAAUUGGAUUAAUUGAAUAGAUGGUCUUAAUGUUGCACAGUAUUUAUUCAACUGCAACUGUGGUAUGGGUAUGUAAAUUUAUUUGAUAUUUAGUUUAAGCAACUGCCAUCCAUUUAUUUGAUGCCUUGCAAAGGAAUGUUUGAUGUAUGGAAAAUGAAUUUGUAAAUUUGUGGUAUUUGUGUAAAAUAAGAGAACAAUUAUUAGGAUGGUUGAUUUUUUUAAACCUGGCCACUUUGCCAUGCAGUUUUCAUUUGUGAAACACUACUACAUUAUCGUAUACAGUGAUAAAUAGCUGUUUUUAAUAUGUAAAAAAUAUAUCAUUUAGUGGGCAAGUUAUUAUUUUGCUUGUUUGUGUCACUAAAUGAAAAAUGUAUUAUAAGGAAAGAGUGGUGUAAAUAAAUGCAUAGUGAAGCUGA